AUGUCACCGGCUUGCAAUCACACUACCCUCAACCUUGAAUCAUCUACACAUGCUGACGACGCAGGCUUCCAUAGACCCACAAGUCAGCAGCGCGCGACAGGUGCUGGCAAGAGAAAGCAGGACGCUGACGGGGAGUUCGGAGGAACUUUUCCCGCCCCGCUUGUGCUUCCUGGAGAUGACCUUUCGUUCGAUACGCGCUGCCCUCCGCAGAGUCUCCUCUCAUGGGUACGUGAGAAGGAGCGCAACGAAGUGACGCCAGAACGGAAUGUAGUCUAUUUGGCUAGUUCUCCGGAUAUCAAGCCUGAAAUAAAUUUCAUUCACGCAUGGAGCAAUCCGCAAAUAAAAGGCGCUACCGGCGGGACAAUCGUCUCCAAUAAGUCGACGGACGUACCAUCGCCAAAUGCAAAGCACGUGCUAGAGUACUUGAAAGCAUUCUAUCACGGCAUGAAUGUCAAGCUAUUGCCAGCAGGGCUGCUCCACUUCAGCAGGUGGGACGACACAGAUCCGAAAUCAUCCAAAGCACAAGCAAAUUCGAACAUUCCGAAAUACAUUGGCCUCACUACGUUAACGGAGACUAUUGGUAUCCGCACACGUCCAUCAAAAGAUGGAGUCUUCAAGGGCCAGCUCAACUUGGAUGAUCUCCUUGACACAGUUAUAAGCAUACUGCCAGAUGAUGGGUACGCCCUAUUGAUGCUCGUGGAGCACGAUAUUUUCGAGGACGAAGACGAUGACUUUUGUUGCGGGCGAGCCUAUGGAGGCAGCAGAGUGGCUGUCAUCUCCACAGCCAGAUACAAUCCGAGCCUGGACGACAGACAGGAUGUAGAGAGAGAACAUGCUUGGCCUGCAUCUCAUUGCGAUGCGUACAUGCGAGAAUGCUGCGGAGCGCCCUCUAAGGUCAAGAAAGCAAAGCUUGAUGCCUCAUUUUCUCACCAGACACCACUCAACGCCGCCGUAUCAGCUCAUGCCUCUCUCCCAACUCCACAAACACCAUCUCACUUCUCAUCUCUCUGGCUCUCCCGCGUAUGCCAAACUGCCAGUCACGAGCUAGGUCACUGCUUCGGCAUGGACCAUUGCGUCUACUACGCCUGUGUCAUGCAAGCUACAGGCUCUCUUGCAGAAGAUGUGCGGCAGCCUCCGUACCUUUGCCCUGUUGAUUUGGCAAAAAUGUUGAAAGCUACUGGGGCAAAUGAAAGGCAGAGGUAUGAAGCCUUGCUAACCAUUUGUGGGCGGCUUGAGGAUGGAGGCGCAGGAUGGUUUAGAGCGUUCAAGGCUUGGAUUGUAGGGAGGCUGCGCGAACUGAAGGACGGUGGUGAAGGCUUGGAGAAGAAGACUGCAGACCUAUCUACAAAGCCUGCUUCAAAGAGCAAAGCUGGAUCAAAAAAGGCGCCUAUCGAGCUGUCUCCAUAG